AUGACAGGGGCGGUUCCCCAAUCUUUACGCGGCAUGUCUGGAUUUGGAGGGCAACAACAACAACCACAACAGUCUGGACGUGGCGUAGCGAAUAGGUUACCGAACGGAAAGCUAGGGGCCGUGAGCGGCGGUUCUGGCUGGGCGUUUGGCUCAGGCAUGCCCAUGGGCGGGAGCCCUGGUGUUCCUCCUGGAACUGCCAGACAGUUGGGCGGCGGCAACGUCAGCUUUGCGCAAAGUCUAAGCGGGUCGCAACCAGCGACACCGUUGGACCUGUCGGAGUUUCCUACCUUGUCCAACACGUCAGGGCUGUCAACAGCAAACCAGGCUUCUAUGUGGUCUACGGGGGCUCGUAACCUCGGAGGAGCAGCUCACCGCGGUCCUUCUACACCGCUUUCGCAGCAAGGGCAACAGGAUGAUUUCUUUUCCUCUCGACAACAAUCGGCCCAAGGAGCUUUCAGAUUUGGAAACCAAGGGAACUCGGGACAAACAUCCCAAACACCCUCUAGCGUUACGGACGACUUCCCUCCGUUGAACAGGAGUGUAAACGGUGAAUUAGGCGGAAUGCCAGGCUUGGGGUUCGGAUCUACUCCAUCCAUUCAUCCCAAUCGCACAAACAACAGCUUGUUGAACGCACUAACAGGGAACAUGCGCACCACGGACGGGCGCUCACCAACCGCCAUUGGACGCCCACAGGACCAGAGGAGCCCGGUCAACGAGGAAGAAGGACGCCAAAAGCCGCCAGUGUAUCGGGAAGACGGUAUGGCUUCACGCUCCUCGGUGGGCGACGCUUCGCAAGCAGUUGGUAGCAGGAACCCGCUUGGCGCAAUCGGAAAUGAUCCUCCGUCUGCUAAGGGCAAGGAAGAGGAGAAGAGCCGUGCCAGUGAAGUCCAAGAUCCGCUGGAGGGCAUGCCCGCUAUCGACAAGUUUGGCUUGAAGGGUUUGCGUACCUUGAUGAAUACCUACCCCGACUACAACUCCCUCAUCAUCGGGAUCGAUCCUUCAAGUUUAGGGUUGCAGUUGGACUCUUCUGAGCUGUAUUCCACCCAAAUCUAUUCUAUACUGGACGAAAUCCCUCCCAGGCCGGCUGUGCCAAAGUUCAAGAUACCUGACUGCUACAUGGUCAAGAACGUGCAACCUAUUGAGGCCAAGAUUCAGAGCUUUAACGAGGAGACCUUGAUGUGGAUUUUCUACAGCUGCCCAGGAGAUAUCAAGCAGCAACUGGCUGCAGCUGAGCUAACGACGCGGAACUGGAGAUGGCACAAGAAACUUCAAGUCUGGCUCACCAAGGACGAGAUGGGCAACACGGCUCAGCUGAGCCCGGCUCAUGAACGGGGUUACUAUAUUGUGUGGGACACUGUGAACUGGCACAAGGAGCGGCGGGAGUUUACCUUGUAUUACUGCGACUUGGAGAACAAUCUGGGCGUCCCGAUCCCAGCAAUAGGAGCUUAA